AUGUCGACGUUGAACCGCGCAUUUCAACACUUAUUUGACCGACUCACGAGUGACAUGGCACCUCACGAUCAAGUUCGCUUGAUCCUCAACUCGGAUCAGCUGGACAAAUCCAUUUCCUUGCCUUUCCUACAACGCGAUCGUUUAACCCCAGAACGUUUCCUAGCUGCUGUUGAACGCGUCGUGCAGUCCAAUGACCAGUUUACUUUGGAUGACUCUGUCAGCGUCAACGUGGUCCAUGUCGAAAUGCCUCAGGGUGGCACAGGUCGUAAGCGUGAUGUUGUGAACUUGGAGAGUUUCCUAAGAAAGAAGGACUGUAUCGUUCAAAUUAAGAACAAAGAUGAUCUCUGUUGUGCCCGCGCGAUCGUGGUGGCCAAAGCGAAAUUGGAUAACGACCCCCAAUACAGAAGUAUUGUUAACCAUCAAAGGGCCAUGCAAACUCGCUUAGCUCGAAAACUCCACGAGUCUGCAUGUGUUCCUCAUGGUUCCUGUGGCAUCCCAGAAAUCAAGAAGUUCCAAGCUGCUCUUUCUGGUUAUCAGCUGAAUGUGAUUUCCAAAGAACAUUUGAAUGCCCUCAUCUAUUCCGGCCCCAAGGCUGAAAAACACCUAUACUUGUACCAUCAUGACAAUCAUUACGAUGUCAUCACGAGUAUGCCUGCCUUCCUCGCCCGUAAAAAGUAUUGCCAUAAAUGCAAGAAGGGCUACGACAAGAUUACGGACCAUCCGUGUGGCGAUUUGUGCAAGCUGUGUCAUACCCAGAACUGUCCUAUCGUUGAAUGGAAAUUUUGCAAAGACUGUAACCGUUUCUUUAAAAGUGAUGAAUGUUUCAACCGCCAUAAAGAUGACGCCGGUCCUGCCAAAUCCCUGUGUCGUGCUUUAAUUAAAUGCAAGAAAUGCAAAUGUGUUGUUACUCGUGCCAGUCUUCGUGAUCAUCAUUGUGGCAAAGUCAGAUGUUCCACCUGUCAAAAAUACGUCAAGCCUGAAAACCACCAAUGUUAUCUUCAACCUGUCAAGGCGAAGAAGACACGAUCCCCUGAAGAAGGAAAUGAUUUGCUCGAUGAUGAUGUGGCCGUGGAAAACGACGUAGAAGACACCAAAAACUUAAUGUUCUUCGACUUUGAGUGCACGCAAGACGAUGGUAAACACGUCCCCAAUCUCUGGGUAGUCCAGAACGAAAGUGGUGACGAGAAAGGCCAAACACGAAAGACGAAUGGGCCAAACACGAAAGACGAAUUUUGCUAG